UUCUGGGACCUUAAUUGGGCUGACCCAGGAAACAUGGGAACAAAAGGCCAAUUUGAUGUGCUUAAUGGAACAAGCUUCAAGGUGAUAAUGGAAAAGGAAGAACAAGUAGAGCUGUCAUUCACAAGGCCAUGGGACACCUCCCUUCAGGGUAACCACUCCCCCUUAAACAUUGACAAAAGGUUUAUAAUGCUUCGUGGUUCCUCAGGUUUCUAUUCAUAUGCCAUUUAUGAACAUUUAGAGGAUAUGCCUGCUUUGAUCCUCUACGAAACAAGGAUUGCUUUUAUGCUCAAAGUUGAGAAGUUUAGAUACAUGGCUGUAGCAGAUAAUAGGCAAAGGUACAUGCCCUUGCCGGAUGACCGGUUGCCUGGAAGAGGUGAAGCAUUGGCCUACCCAGAAGCAGUCCUACUUGUUAACCCUGUGGAGCCUGAAUUUAAAGGAGAGGUGGAUGACAAGUAUCAGUAUUCAAUUGAGAACAAAGAUAAUGGGGUUCAUGGGUGGAUAUGCUUUGAUCCACCAGUUGGGUUUUGGCAAAUCUGUCCCAGCAAUGAGUUCAGAACUGGGGGUCCAACCAAACAGGAUCUAACCUCUCAUGUCAAUCCAACUACUCUUGCUAUGUUUGUAAGUGCCCAUUAUGGAGGAGAGGAAUUGUCACUCCAAAUUGGAUCUGGGGAGCCAUGGAAGAAAGUUUUUGGACCAGUUUUUAUUUAUCUUAAUUCUGUCUCUGAUAGAAAUAAUGCAUUUUCACUUUGGGACAAUGCCAAAGAACAGAUGAAGGUUGAAGUCCAAAGUUGGCCAUACAGUUUCCCAAAUUCAGAGGACUUUCCAAAGUCUGAUCAAAGGGGUACUGUCAUUGGCAAAUUUCUUGUGCAUGAUAGGUGUGCAAGUGAACAACCUCUGCCCACAAAAGGUGCAUACGUAGGGUUAGCUCUAGAGGGAGAAACUGGAUCAUGGCAAAGGGAAACCAAGGGCUACCAAUUUUGGACUACAACGGAUGAAGAAGGUUAUUUUUGCAUCAAGAAUAUCUUCACGGGCGACUAUAAUCUUUAUGGAUGGGUACCUGGUUUUAUUGGAGAUUAUCGUCUUAAUGCUUCCAUCAUCAUAACCUCAGGAUGUGAAAUGGAUAUGGGUGAUCUUGUAUAUGAGCCUCCAAGAGCUGGGCCAACACUGUGGGAAAUAGGCAUCCCUGAUCGUUCUGCUGCAGAGUUCUACAUUCCUGAACCUAAUCCUAAAUACAUAAACAAACUCUAUGUUAAUCAUCCUGACAGAUUUAGGCAAUAUGGAUUAUGGGAAAGAUAUGCAGAUUUAUAUCCUGAUGAAGACUUAGUUUAUACUGUUGGUGUUAGUGAUUAUGGAAAAGAUUGGUUCUUCGCUCAAGUCAAUAGGAAAAUUGGAGACAAUACAUACAAAACGACCACAUGGCAAAUUAAGUUUAAACUUGAAAAUGUGUAUCAAACUGUAACCUACAAGUUGCGCCUAGCACUCGCCUCUGCAACACAUUCUGAAUUAGAGGUUCGAAUCAAUGAUGAACAUGCAAAUCCUUCACAAUUUUCAAGUGGAUUGAUAGGGAAAGACAAUGCAAUUGCAAGGCAUGGCAUUCAUGGGCUUUAUUAUUUGUUCAAUGUGGAUAUACCUUGUGAUCAACUAAGGCAAGGUGAUAAUACACUCUUUUUUACACAAGCAAUGAACACUAGCCCUUUCCAUGGGGUCAUGUACGACUAUAUUAGGUUAGAAGGUGCUCUUCUUCCUCCAUCUAGUACUACUACUACUAUUUCCUCACACAACCAAAACCACCUUUAAUUUUAUUUUCUUAAUUUUUCAUGUAAUUAAGUGAACCACAUUGUGGGAACACAUUGGAUGUUCUUUUUCUUAAUUUCAAUUUGUGAUAUUGUAUUAUAUCAACAAACAUACAAAAAUAAGAAGAAGAAGAAGAAACUUGGUGUUA